AUGCCUCGUCCUGGGAAGAACUCCUACAGCGACCAGAAGCCUCCAUACUCCUACAUAUCACUGACAGCGAUGGCUAUCCAGAACUCAUCAGAGAAGAUGCUGCCUCUAAGUGACAUUUAUAAGUUCAUCAUGGACCGGUUUCCGUAUUAUCGAGAGAAUACCCAACGAUGGCAGAAUUCCCUGCGACAUAAUCUCUCCUUUAACGACUGCUUUAUCAAGAUCCCUCGGCGGCCUGAUCAGCCAGGAAAAGGCAGCUUUUGGGCUCUGCACCCGGACUGCGGUGACAUGUUUGAGAACGGCAGCUUCCUGAGGAGACGGAAGCGCUUCAAGGUGCUGCGCGCUGAGCAUAUGGCCUGCAAAAGCUCUCCGAUGAUGCAUUACUUUCACCAUCAUCACCACCACCCGGGCAGCAAGAUUGGCACAGCAUCCGGCCACCACGACCACACACCCGGCCCGGCAAGCACCGUGGGUCGGCUGCCUCACUUUCAGGGUUACGGGGGCAUUACUUGCGCGCAGCCAGGCGGGUUCAAACACCCAUUCGCCAUCGAGAACAUUAUAGGAAGGGACUAUAAGGGUGUGAUGGCCAGCGGGCUCCCCCUCACCUCGGUCAUGCACCACUUGGGUUAUCCGGUGCCCCCGCAGCUCAGCAGCGUGGUCAACUCCAUGUGGCCACACGUCGGGAUGCUGUCUGAGUCCAUGGGUGGCGUGCCCGUGCCCGCAUCCGAGUACGCGCCCUUCAGCAUGUCAGCAAAGGGCCUGUACCACAAUUCCAACGGGCAAACCCUGCCCGCAGUUCCCGUGCCAAUAAAACCCACCCCAUCCCUGGGUCCCGUGCCCGGACUGACAGGGCUGCAGUCCGGCCCGUCCCAGCUCUGCUCACCGGCCUCAGUGAUGGAGAAAAGCGAUCUGCUGGAGGGGAAAGGCAACCCUCUACACCCGGCUCUCCUGCUGUCCUAA